GCCCCAACAAUAGAGUGGUACGUACCAUUAUCACUGAUUAUAAUGGGGACAUUUUCCUGCGAAUAAAGAUCAUUUCACAUUGUUUGCUUUGAAAAGAAGAUAUAUAGCGCAUGUGGGUAAACUAACGGAUAUUUAAUUUUGCUAGGAAAACUGUUGUUAGCUUGAUUGGACCAGGUUUAAUGCCAGUUUCACUAAUAUCUUCCCAGAGAAUCCCUUUGGAAAAAAAGUGCCUGGGUUCUUCUCCGCCGCCGCCUCUUCCAGCAGGAGUACAUUUGAUAUCAGAGACAGUACAAUCAUGGAUCCGACCCGGGGAUUUAAAACGUUGGACACGGUGGCAUGCUCUGCUGCUCAGUGAGGAUGGAAAGGAAUUAAAGAGGAAUUUUAACACACGUAUCAGUUAGCGGUGUUGCAGCAGAAGGAUGCCGCUGGUGAAGCGCACCAUCGAACCCAGGCACCUGUGCCACACGGUGCUGCCAAGAAACAUCAAGAAUGAGCUGGAGUGUGUGACUAACAUCUCCUUGGCCAACGUCAUUCGCCAACUCAGCAGCCUCAGUAAAUAUGCAGAAGAUCUCUUUGGAGAGCUGUUCAACGAGGCCCACUCCUUCUCUUUCCGGGUCAACUCCCUGCAGGAGCGUGUGGACCGCCUCUCCAUCAGCGUCACACAGCUGGACCCCAAAGAGGAGGAAUUGUCUCUUCAGGACAUCACUAUGAGAAAGGCUUUCAGGAGUUCUACUAUUCAGGACCAGCAGCUGUUCGACCGCACGUCGCUGCCCAUCCCACUGCAGGAGACCUUCCAGACCUGCGAGCAGCCGCCACCCCUCAACAUCCUCACACCCUACAGGGACGAUGGGAAAGAGGGUCUGAAGUUCUACACCAAUCCAUCCUACUUCUUUGACCUGUGGAGAGAGAAGAUGCUGCAGGACACAGAGGACAAGAGGAAGGAGAGGCGGAAACAGAAGCUGAAGGCGAUAGACCGUCCACAGGAGCCGGAGAAGGUACCGCGGGCUCCUCACGAUCGUAAAAAGGAGUGGCAGAAACUGGCACUGGGUGCAGAGCUGGCCCAGGACAUACCUGAAGACAAACACAGAGAGGCCAACGGAUCUGCAGGUUACCACAACAACAGGGCUCCCUUGUACAUGGAGCAUUUGGACGGGCCCUUCUCGCUGGCAGCGCUGCCCUACAGCCAGAUGAACGAGCUGCUGAACCGUACCGGGGACAGAAUGUAUUCGCGGCCCCAUGACCCUCCACCACCACCUCCUCCCAUGCACCCACUGGGAGAGAUCAAGCCGCCCUCUGUGAUCAGCUCCAGUUCAGGUUUUUCCGACAGCAGACCUCAGUCUCCAGCUCGGACAGCAGGCCUCAACUCCAACACUCCUCCUCCUCCACCUCCCCCUCUUCCUCCACCACCUCCCCCCUUACCCUCCUCAGGCAUGCGGGGCACCCCUCCUCCUCCCAUUCCUCCCCUACCGGUCCAGCAGCAGCCGCCAGCCAUCCCGCCUCCCCCUGCUCCUCUCCAGAUUGCCCCGGGGGUGCUCCACCCAGCCCCUCCGCCCGUGGCGCCUCCACUCCACUCGUCCUCCCCGGCCCGUCUCCAGCAGGUCCUGGACAAGGGCCCGCUCAUGGGCUCUGGGACCCAGUCCGACGGCACCAUCCUUCCCCCUCCCCCGCCGCCUCCCCCCCUGCCCCUCCCUGGAGCGCGGAGCUCCUCACCCUGCCCAUCGGGCCCGCCACCUGUGCCGGCCUUCCCCUCAGCAGGUGCCAUGGCCUCCCCGCCGCCCCACGCCAUCCACGAUGUGGGGAGCAAGAGGCACCAUCCAGCCAACCUGCCACCCAUCAGCGAUGCACGCAGUGUCCUGUUGGAGGCCAUCAGAAAAGGCAUACAGCUGCGAAAAGUGGAGGAGCAGCGAGAGCAAGAGGCUAAACAUGAGCGAGUUGGCAACGACGUGGCCACCAUCCUGUCACGCCGCAUCGCUGUGGAGUACUCCGACUCCGAGGAUGAGUCUGAGUUUGACGAAGGAGACUGGAUGGAGUGAUGGCGGUCAGGGAGAUGGAAAAAAAAAAAGCAGAGGUGGCAGGAGAGGACAAAUAUGUUCAGGUGCCCCCCACCACCACCCAAAUCCUGCACUCCACACCUCUCCAUCAAAGAGUCUGUUGGACUCCAGAAAGAAGAGAAACAUCGUCGUUGCCCACUUUUCCUCUGUCAAGCUUUAUGAUCUUGUCAUAUCUCUGUCUCGUUGUGGUUUGUGUUCAGAGGGGAGUCUCCACAUCGCCCUCGUCCGUCUUUCUAGUGUUCCAAGAGAAGUUUUUUGCAUUCAUUCUUUCCUGCACAACCACGACCUUGUUUCAGUUGGAUUUCUUGUGAUGAAAUCCCUCAUGUUUACUAUUGUUACACAUGAAAAUAACUUUUUUAAAGAACCACUUGUUUUUGUUUCUUAUCUGUACAUUGAUAUUAAAAAAGGAAAAAAUGAGGGCAUGUUGCAUCUAUCUUAAGUUCUCCAACACAAUUUUGCCACCUGGUGGCUGAACAUGGCAUUGAAUGAAUGCAGUUUAAUUUUAAUGUCUUUUACUUACCUUUUUCUUCUGAAACAUUUGCAGUUUUAUUAGGCCAGUAGUUGCCAAUACUGACCACUACAUGACUGGUCACUCAGUGUGAACACCAGCUGGGUUGUCUCAUGAUUUCUCUCUUUUUAUCAGGACUGACUCUACCACUAAGAACAAGCAAAAGAUUGUGCUGGUAUGUCAUGUGAUGAUUGUUGUAUGGUUGAAAAUGAAGAAGGGGAAACAUAUGGCCAUCUUUGGCAACAUGUGUGCAUAUCCAUCCACUUUCACCUAACCUUUACCCCAGGGAGAUGAAUGCCAAGAGAUUUAGCUCUUCUGUUCUGUAGGUACUGAGGAGCCAUGUUGCUCGUGCUGACAUUAAGCAAUGUCAAAGAUAAACACUGAACCAUCGGUUCAAUGAGUACAAUGAGCUCCAAUUCUUUUCUUGGGUUAUUUGCCACAGAUAUGGACACUGGAAGUGAUUAGAUGCUGUAGAUGUACAUCAGAUUUCCUGCCUCUCUUAUUGUCCCUGAUGAAUAUUCAGUGUGCAGAGGAAGACUUUGAAAUUCGAGAAGGUACCUGUGAUAAGGUACAAACUGCUCGGCACCACUGAAGGCAGCUUUUCCCCCAGAUCCCCCUUUACUGUGUACCUGCCCACUAACGAGAAGCCUUACCUCGUUUGGUUCUACAGAAGCAACUCUCGUUCAAAAGAAGAAAUCCUGCGUAAUACUGCCUUUUCAGGCCUAAAAGAGGAUACAUCAUGCCUUGAUGUGGCUCAUUUCAAAGAAAAUGUCUGCCAUCCUUUUCUGUUCGUUUGUUCGUUCUUUCUUCUACUUGCCUUAUUGUUCGUACAAAACGUAUCGUUGAGUUGAUGAAUGUAUUGUGCUGUUACUACUUACUUGCCUGCGCUUGUAUGGAUUUGCUGUUUCUAUGUUUGGGGGGGACAAGGGGACGGGGAGACAGAAACCCUGGUUUAAAAAAAAAGAAAAAGAUUAGAUCAAUACUGUAUACCAUGUAACUUAUGUAACUGUUGACUGUAACAGUUUGCUUGAAUUAAUAAAAAUCUAAUGUUAUGUUUCAGCUCUA